UGUGCGUACAAGCAGACUCUGCGGCAAAGCGGACCUUGAGCCAUAUCGACACACCAUAUAAUAUAACUGUACACAAGCUGGUUGUCUCAGGCCCUUUCUGUAGUAUUAUAGACGGGCUCCAUAUUGCAAACCUCUACUGGGACUUGUUAAUUUUUUAAAUAGUAUUUUUGCUGGGCGAUUGUUAACAGAAACGCCACUGCCGUCGUGAGUGUCUUAUUUUCUAACCAGAGGAAAUUAAAGAGGCGGUUUUGAUUGUGUUUCGUAUUGUUAAAUUUUGAUGUGAAAAUGACAUCAUUAUUAUAUACGUGCAUUAGAAAAUGCUGUUAUCGUGGCGGUUGAUACUUAAUCGGCACAAGUGAGACGCGUCAUACAUUUUAUCAAUAAGUGAAACAUCGUCUGAACUCGGCAUCAUGGACGAAAUCCCAGCGACCAAUACAGACGAAUGCCACGAUAUCAACACUGAUCCGGUUUUGCUGCCUUUGCUAACGACAUGUGCUCCUAGCUGCAGUAAAGCGGUAAAUCCUGAUUUCACCGAAGACGGCUCGGAUGACAGAUCGGCAACGUCCCGCAGACAUAUUUACGCUGCGGUACAAGCAGCCACCAGUCCAUCGGUCUCGUACGUUUCCGACGAAGACAUUUCAGAUACCGCGCACCAGUCAGACUCGUCCACCAGAGAUACUUCCAUAAUAAUAAAUUUGGAUAGAAGAAUUUGCUAUGAAAAUGAUCCCGGUGUGAGGAGGAGUGGCCUCCCCGUACGCCCGCACAGGUGCGGGUGCUAAGUUGUUUUGCUGUUUUUGCUAGUGAUUUUCUCCAUCUACCAGCUCUUCGAUCUGGUAGAUUCUUCAGUUGCUAGCCAUCGUCGUCUGAGUAACUUGCUGUACUUUUGGCCCCGCAGCAUCUGCUGCGGGAGCAUCUGUAGUGCUAUAUGAAUGGGAUAUAAAAGUGUGCAGUUGAUUGUCGGGUGUCUUGCGUUUCCGCAUAGCUCGUAGUAUACAACACUGCUCACUCUGCAGGAUAGAUUCCGUUUCUGUCUCUGUCCGUGGAUUCUUUCUAGAUCCACCAUCAUACCGGUGACAUCGAGUUCGAUGGGAAUAACUCGCAGUUAUUUUCUGUUAUUUUCAUGUAUCUGUUCAUGAAAUUUCCUUUGAGGGUUUUACGAUUUCUAACAAAUGAUAUACAGGUGUUUUUAACUGCUAUACCGCAUAAUCUGUUCCCCUUUUUUCGUUACUUAAAGCAAGCUGCCAUGGAGACUCCACAAAAAAUAAGCCACUUUCUUCUGGGAUUUCCGGAGCCAUUUUUUGCUGCUACUAAGGGUGAACGGUUAUUCCGUUUGAUAGUCACAUUUGGAAUUUUCACCGUGACUUUAGCACUUGUGGACAUAGCAACUGACAUUCUGUUUAUUUGGAAUCUUUGGGUGAAUACAAGUUCUUACAUCAGUUCAUCUGUCCUCAUAUUCAUCACAUGCGUUCCUUUUCUUCCCCUUAUAUUAUCUACUAUUCGAUCGCAUUCUGAUUGGCACAACGACUUGGCGGAAGCCUGCGCAUUAAACUGGCGAUUGGCUCGGCAAUCCCUAAUGAAUGUGGAUGAUCUACUUCUGCUCUCUAAAGAAGAUCGGAAUGACGGGCCAAGGAGCGGGUUGCGCUCGUUUCAGCAGAUUAAGAGCUGGAAUGAAAAGCGAGGUCUGGAAAUUUUCCCUUUUGCAUUUUUCUCUCGUUGCCAACUGUUCUACGAAGCGUGGAAAUACGGCCCAGGACAUUCUUUCUAUUUUAAAAGUACCGAUAUAGAAUUCCAGGAUCUACACCUUCAGAGAGCGCAUCUCAAGGAGAUAAAAUACGAAUCCAGUAUUCAGCUGAUAAUAUUAAUGCUAUUGAGUGCCACGGGCAUUAUCCCCUUUUCAACUGUUAACUGCCUUUCCAUCAUAUUAUCCAUGCUAUCCAUUGCUAAAUAUUUUCCAGCAUUUGCUCGUCUCCCAGGAAGGUUUGCCUUUAGUAAGAAGCUGCUUGCAGAGAAAGAUUCCAUCCAGCUAACAGAAGCCAACCAACUGCUUGCAUCAUGGCUUUGGGUGCUGUACGGCACCAUUUGCAAUUUUCUGUAUCUUGGGUGUCGGUAUCACAUCCUCAUUGCUCUCGUUGUGUACAACUGGCAGGCUGCCAUUGCUACAAUAACUAUCCAGUUUAUCACGGUGUCGGCAUUUCUGAUUGGGUCGUAUUAUUCACUGAGCCAGAAGUACCAGAUGCGUCGAUUAAUUUCUAGACGCCCAAGAAAGAAGAAAAACCCAUGGAAGAUAAGAAUCGGGUGGUGUUGCGCGUUUUGUGGCCAACUUGUUACCACUUUGGGACAUUUUCUGCUAGUACCGGUCACUACAACAAUGACGAAAGUGGGAUGCGUUAUGGGUACCGCUUUGCAGCUUACGGCAGUAACUGCUUACUGUAUUGUGCUCCAACUUGGAUGGGACAGAAAAGCCUAUUGGUACCACACAAUUCUGCAAGAUGACAGUGAAACCGCGAUAGACUUUUCCACAGUGCUCUUCCCGGCGCUAGUGGCAAACGUUGUUGUGUCGUGUGUGCUUCUGCCUUUGCUAUGCCGUUUGAUGGACGACAGCAGCGGUAACAGCUGUUGGCUGCGCCAUCGGGAAACGUGCCAAAAGUGUAUUGAUUUCCAGGAACGUUAUUGCAAGGUUCGGCCAUGUUGGCUUUGCGAAUGGGCAUCGUCUUAUGAAAAAAACCAUCUAACAGCGAUCUAUGACGACUUUGGAGACUUCAAGGAGGAUAAAGAUAAGAUAAAUGGCCAAAUUGAAACACCCGUCAUGUUUUCAGGAAAACCUCUACCAACCGACCACCAUCCGAACGGACGUUUACCAACCGAGAAGUGGAUUGCGCACAAAGUGCUUCGUUGUAAAAGAAUCUGUGACCGACAGUGCGAUCGCGACGGAGAUAUGCUUCUUUGUUUGGAGCACAUCACGGCAUUAAGAGCGACAUCUACCAUCCCUCAUGACGGUAUCGGAUGUCCGCACAGCGGACAUGCUGGCUUAUGUUGGAAGUGUUGCAAAGUUUUCGGAGUUUAUGAAACGCUACCUGGUGAUUGUACUAUGACAGUCCUUUUAGAAGCAAUUUACGCUCGUGAUGUCAUGCCUUUUCAGCUGUUAUUCAAAGCGCAGCUGUAUGACCGUGGAAUCGCUAAGGAUGGCGUUACUCUGGAUGUAUACUGGUCGCGUUUCAAACAGAUCAGGGACGAGCAUAAGUACUGCAGAUACGAGUGUAUGCUCAACAGAGUAUACAAAACUACGGCUAACCAUUCAGAAUUGCGUGUUAAUGUCCAGCCGAAAGUAACCGAUGGCAUCUUUUUGGAUAAUUUCGAUUUCAUCCUUAACCUGUCAUCAGUUCACUGUAAACAAUUCGCCGAGCACCUAUUGCUGCACGAUGGUUAUAUCGAUCAACGGCAUGCCUUCCCAGCCCUGAAAUGUCCCUUACGAAAUCCAGAUUCGCAUUGACAUGCCUCAAACACUAGUACAGCAGAAUGCUUACAGCAUCUUAUGGGAUUGUCAGUUGCUCUUCAACAUCAGUUAUUGAUUCUUUCAUUCCUGUCUUCCUCUUUAAGACCAGUGUCUAUCAUCAAAAAACGGGGAAGGCGGCCGCGCCCGCCUCAAGCGCUGGCCUGUCAGGGCACACCAACUGGUGCGCACACUAUUUCGCAGUAUUCAAAUUCGACGCGCGACCUGUUUGCCACAAGGACAUUUCGAAACCACACAAACGGAGGCUGGGACACUUCGGUUUGGGAAAUUUUUUUCUGAGACAUUUUGACGAAACGUCUGGGUCGCGGACAGUUCUCCACAAAGUCGACACGCUUAAUUUUCGGAUUUUCCGGUCUUUUUCUUCCGUUUUCUUAGGUCACCUUGGGUUAAUAACUUUUUUGGUUUUUAGGUUUAUGUUUUCUUGUUUUCUUAUUUUUUCGUAGUUUCUUAGGUUUUUUGAGUUUCUUUGGUGUCUUGAUUUUCCCACUUCUUUUAGUUUUCGUAAACUUUUUCUUAGGUUUGCAUGACUGUUUUAAUAAGCUUAAUAACAAUAAUCUGAGGAAGGCAAUGUUUCCUCGGCGAAACGUUUUUGCCGCGAACUGUUUCGGCGUCGAAACGGUCUCGCGAAGAAAUGUCACGCGACUUGAUGUCCUGCCGACUACAUAGAUGUCCCGCAACGAAACGUCGCGCGGCGAGAUGACCUUGCGGCGAAAUGUCUGCGACCGAAUGUCCUGCCUACUAAUCUUCAGCGACAUGUCGC